UGCUACCUCAAUGCUGGUGAUUGCUGUGUGUGAGGUGGAGGCAGGGGCGAUGGCUGCGUGAAGCUUUGAAGCUUUGCUGAGCCCCCGCCUCUCGCCGCUGCCCCGGGACGCUGUCAAUCAGACGGGAGACGGGCUGAUCUCUGCCGCUGGAACCUGGGUUCUAUCUGGAUCUCGUCUACAAGUCACUGAAGCCGGCAGCUGGACGGACGAGCGAGGGGGAAAGAGUAUGGCUGCGUUCUCGGUGCUGGGGCUGCUCGUCCUGACCCACCUCCUCGCCUGUCCCGGAGCCCAGGCGCAGGUCACCGGAGACCCGACAGCUCCUCUCGGCCCAAACGGACCUCCGGGAUCCCCGGGCCAAGACGGUAUUGACGGCGAACCUGGUCCACCAGGCUUACCAGGUCCACUGGGCUUCCCAGGUGAACCAGGAGACCCAGGACCUCCCGGAAUCCCAGGCCUGUCAGGACUUCCAGGAAUAGACGGUUUACCCGGACCUGACGGGCCACCAGGUGCUGACGGGUACCGGGGUGAAAGGGGAGACCCAGGACCACCUGGACCCCCUGGUGAGGACUUACUAGUGUCAGAGGAACCCGGAGAGACUGGACCCCCGGGACCUCAAGGAGAUAUCGGACUGGAAGGUCCCCAGGGUCCAAGUGGUCCCAGGGGUGAAGAUGGUCUAACUGGGCUUCCUGGACCCCCCGGACCCCCUGGUCCUCCGGGUGAGCCCGGACUUUACACAGGAGAAGAAAGUGGAGACUUUUCUUGCCCGGCAAUGUGCCCCGCUGGUCCACCCGGCCCUCCUGGAAUGCCUGGAUUCAAGGGUCACACAGGCUACAAGGGGGAACGCGGAGAACCUGGGAAGAUCGGAGCAAAGGGUGAUCCCGGACAUCCAGGUGUGCCAGGUUUUCCUGGACCUGUUGGAUUACAGGGUCCUCGAGGACUGAGAGGCCUCCCUGGCAAACCUGGCCCUCUUGGUGACAGGGGUCUGAUCGGAUUUCCUGGACCUGCCGGCCCCCCAGGGCCCCCUGGGAAAGUUGGAGAUGCAGGUCCAAAGGGACAUGUUGGAUUCCCAGGAACAAAGGGAAGCCCGGGGAAGAUUGGCCCACGAGGGUUGCCUGGUGUUGCUGGACAUAAGGGGGAGCCAGGAAUUCCGGGCCGGGAUGGGCGAGACGGAAAUCCGGGGACCAACGGUGAGAAGGGCGAACCUGGACGUAACGGGGUUCCCGGAGAGAAAGGUCCCGUAGGGCAGCCUGGAUUACCUGGGAAGCCAGGACAUAAAGGAGCUGUUGGUGAACAGGGAAGCCAAGGACCAAUGGGAGCUCCAGGACCCCAGGGACCCCCUGGGAGUGCGGGAGAAUUGGGUGACUCUGGCGACAUGGGUGAGCGAGGACCAAGGGGUGUUGACGGUGAGAUGGGACCACCAGGAGUACGUGGAGUGCAGGGCCGCAGGGGAUUCCAGGGCAAGAAGGGUGAAAGUGGUGAACCUGGUGUGCCGGGGCCGACGGGAAUCCGCGGCGAUUUCGGUGAGAGGGGUCCUGUUGGACCAUCCGGUCCCAAAGGUAACCAGGGACUCGCAGGGUCUGAUGGGUUACCGGGGGAGAAGGGAGAUAUGGGCCAGCCAGGACCUCAGGGACAGAAGGGAGAGCCAGGACCUCGCGGUGAGGUGGGGCCCAAAGGGAACAGUGGGCCAGCCGGCAUUACUGGAGCAGAUGGAGUCCCAGGCCCUCCCGGGCCAAUGGGCCUGACCGGAGAGCGCGGGGUCCCCGGUGUCACCGGUAAAAGGGGUCCUCCGGGGAAGCUGGCGAGUGAGCAGCGGAUCCGGGAACUCUGCCACAGCCUCAUCCACGGUCAAAUUGCCUUAUUAGCAAACAACCUGCGGAGGCCACUGUCUCCUGGGAUGAUAGGGCGACGUGGACCCCCUGGUCCUCCAGGCGCGCCAGGGCCGAAGGGCCAAGUUGGCCACCCGGGCAGGCGAGGCUCACCGGGACUGAGUGGACCAUCAGGAGAGCUCGGUGACACAGGCCCUCGAGGUGAUCCUGGUAUAAAGGGAGAUAAGGGUGUUAUUGGCCGAGCAAUUGAUGGCUUAGUAGGACCUCAAGGACCUCCAGGUCCCCCAGGCGCAAUGGGACUCAGUAAAAAUGGUCGUGAUGGGCAACAAGGAGACCCAGGCUAUCCAGGAGAGCCAGGACGACCCGGGAGGAACGGCGCUAUGGGAACCCCAGGAAUCUGCGACACCUCCGCCUGUCAGGGAGCUGUUGCGGCAGUAAAAGCAGGAACUUCCAAAAAAUCAUGAAGUGGAUGAUCACAGAAGCAAAUAAGAAAACUUGAAGCACAGCCCUGAGAUUGAAUGAAUAGAAAGAGACAACAAAAAAAAAGACAAUUGAUCAAUGUUUCGGAUCCUGGUACCAAAAGUGUCUUAUAUGUUCAUGAGAAGGUGCUAAAAACUGACACUUCACUUUUAAUCUUGUGUUUCUAGAUCAUUUUUAAUUCUGUUUGAGAUAUGUAAAGAUUUAUCUGCAGUUAGUCUUGUCUGGUUAGAAUUUUUUAACAUUUUUUUAAACAGUCCCUUUAAUUCAGUUACACUAUUUCUUGUCAUUGUCUGUUAAACAAUACUAUCAAAUAUUAAUGCUUACCUCAAAGAAGCACCCUUUAUUAAUUUUUGGUGUUAAAGUAUUUCAACUGUAAGGGGUUACACUGUACAUAUGAUAUAAAUUUAACGCUCAAUGUUUUGUAUAGUAACCCAAGUCCAGAUUUAAGAACACCUCCCAAUUUUAUGCCAAGUCAGGGGCAAAAGAGAUUUACACCAUUUGUACCCAUGUGCAUUUUUAUUGAACAGAAGUAUGGUUGAUCAUACCUACCCCUCAAUGUGUGCUACUCCUAGUUUAACACAUUUUGUGUACAGAAACUGCAAUAGUUUUUGUAAAUUCUACCAAACAAUUU